AUGUCUAGAAUAUCAGUUUCUUCUUUGAUUAUAGAAUGUAUUAUAGUUAGCUCUUUAUCUGAAGAAACUGUUAUUUAUUUAUCAAAAGUACGAUCUAUUUUCAUAAGAAUACAAAUAAUUCAAGUCUCUAUAUGUUUGAAAUUUUUUAUAGUGAAUUGGAAUAACGUGAAGUUUUCCUUAUAUUUCUGCUGUGUUGAGAUUAGUGGGACAAAUUAUGCUAAAUAA